AUGUCCAAUGAGAAAUCAUCAUCAACAAUGCUUCUCUUCUAUCUUUUCCUCUUCGCCGUCGGAGUAGCUUCAGCUGCAAAAUCGAAGAACGUGGUCUGCUUCGAAGGAGAACGGAAACCGCAUGAGUUUCACUCGAGAAAGUAUUUCAAAUGUGUGAAUAAUCGAUGGGUUCAGGAGGAAUGCCUAUUCGAGUACUUUUUUGAUCAAAUGAGUGGAUUCUGUGUGCUCAUCAACUCUCCCACCAUGGCGCCAACUCCUCCAACCAAUUCCAAGGGCAGAAUCUGUGUCCCUGGAUCCCGUCAUCCGAUUCGCUUUGAGCCCACAAAAUAUAAGGAAUGCACGUGGAAUGGCGAAGGAUUCAACAUCAGAUUCUGUCAGGAAGGAGCAGUUUUCGUUCAAUCACAGAACAUGUGUAUGAAUGUUCAAACAUAUCCAACGACACGUUGGACAACUCGUCCCCCACCGACGACCACUGAAUACUAUGGAUCAUGUACUGAGUCGGGAGGAAGAGCUGGAUACAAACCAGAUGUUUAUAACUGCAAGAACUUUUAUCAGUGUGCUUCAGGAGUGUGGACCCAAAGAAGCUGUGGACAAGGGACCGUCUGGAAUCAAUCCAUCUUGACCUGUGACCAUAAUCGUGGCCAAUGUCGACCAUAUACCCGUCCAACGAUUUCCCCGACUUGGCCACCAUAUCCUCAACCAACUCAGACCACAUACCCUUAUCCAGGAAACCAAUUCAAAAAAUAA